AUGCAUUGCAGUGAAAAUGAUGAUUCGAGACUUCCAAGCCACCAGCAUUCCAAAACCUUGCAUGCGUUGGUUGAUUAUCCGGAUGAAUACGUGCAACCGUUGAUGUUAGAUGCCCUUCAAUCACUCAGGGGGUUCUCGAUCCAGGCCAUUUCCUCCAUGAGCGACUUGCAGAAUCCUGCAGAUCCCGUGUUACAAUUUACAGCAUACGAGUCCUUGGACUUCGAACAUGCCAUGCAGCAUCCAAGAACAUCUCAAGUUUGCGCAUAUGUGAUAAGGAAAGCCCUUAUUCGCAAGCAUUAUCUCUCCAAUACUGUGUCCACGUGGCUGGUCAAACACCCCGAUAGUGCCUUGGCGAAUCAUUUUCGUCCUUGCGUCCAUUUUGAGCUUGACUUUGCAGAGUUUCUGGAUGAAGCUCUGGUGGAUGCAUGGGAUUUGAACGAAAGUAUGGCAGAGAACGAGCAAAAGGAGUCCUCGGAACAAAAGAACUGGUGGAUUCUAAAGCCAGGUAUGAGUGACGGGGGCAACGGCAUCAGAUUGUUCUCCAGCUUGGAAGAACUUCAAGCUAUCUUCGAAGAGUGGGAAGAAACCGCUUCUGAGUACAUCGCUGAAGAUGAGGCGGCGGAUGGCCUGGGGGAGAGUACCCUAGAAAGCAAACAAGACACCUGGCACCAAGGUAACGCAAUGACGUCUCAACUCAGGCAUUUCAUAGUCCAGCCUUACAUCGAUCCUCCCUUAUUGCUCGAAGCCUACGGCAACCGGAAAUUUCAUAUCCGGGCAUAUGUCCUGGCUGCCGGAGCAUUGAAGGUCUAUGUGUACCAAGAAAUGCUAGCCUUGUUUGCAGCAAAAGCAUAUCAGUCACCGCGUCUCAGCGAAAAGUCGGAGAUCUUGGAUCUGGCACAACACUUGACAAAUACCUGUUUUCAGGAUGAAGCUUCGAAGAGCUCCUCGGUCCAUCGAUUCUGGUCUCUUGCCUCGCCCGACAUGCCGGCCGAUUGGAAGGAGAGGAUAUUCCAGCAAAUCUGCGAUGUCACCGGCGAGGUAUUCGAGGCUGCUGCUCGAGAGCAGAUGGUGCAUUUUCAAGUUCUCCCUAACGCAUUCGAAGUUUUUGGGGUUGACUUCUUAGUCGACAAAGAUGCGAAUGUGUGGCUGCUUGAGCUCAAUGCCUAUCCCGACUUCAAGCAGACAGGAUUGGAUCUCCAGGGUGCUAUUGUCGGAGGCCUUUUCGCGGAAGUCGCUCACGCAGCUGUUGCACCAUUCUUUGGUGAUGCUGAGCAUGUAACCCCCCAGAUGCCGCUAGUCAGAACCCUUGACCUGGGUCGCGGUUGA